UUUAAAUCAGUUUUUCGUCAGAUCUCGUGCACUUCGGAACGGUAAUGUGCGGCAAUUGUGCAUUCUGAGAGGGAAACACGUUUUCACACGCAAGAAAUUUUCCGGAAAAAGCAAGUUUUCUCUGACAAAAUCCGUAAAAAAGACGCUCCCUUGUAUCGGCAUUCAAUGCAACGACAACAGAUGGACCGUGAAACAAAUCAAAAUUCGGUUUCUUAUCAAUUUUAGAGGCCCGAAAAAUUCAGUGAUUAUAGCACGAUAACCAACAAAAUUGUGCAAAGGUUAAUUUUUGGUCUCUUAAUUCAGUCGCAGGCAACAACGACACAUUAUCGAUUAUCUUCAUCGUGUCGUUCCUCCACACAACAAGAACGCCAGAAUUUAUAGAACUACAACAAAAAAAAAGUACAAAAGAAUAUUAAAAGCGUAGAAUUUAGAGGUGCAGCUGUUUUAUUAAUUUCAAAAAAAAUAAAAAAAUUAAAAUGCCGCGACAACAGGAAGAGUCGCUGCUACUCAACAAUCGCAAUGGAGGAGUUUCUAUCGUUUCUACUUAUGCUACUUUUCUUGCAGACGGGCACACGAGUCAAACGGGAGGCAGCGAAACGACAGAAAAGGCUCCGUUUUUGGUUGAACCGGUAAGAUUGACUCCAGCGUGGGAAGAAAGUAACUUACCGAAUGAUGAACUAAACUUCAAAGGCAUGACAAUGGAAAGAGCCAAGAUGGAAAUUGAUCCGCCAAAGGAUCGUCUAAAUAUUGUCUUUUUGACGUUAGUACUUCACGGAAUCGGAACUUUAACGCCGUGGAACAUGUUCAUAACCGCCAAAGCUUAUUUUGUAGAUUAUAAGCUGUCCGAAUCGUACACUGGAGAAAAAUCUGAUUAUAAUGCCAACUUUUUAGCUUAUUUGGGAUUUGCCUCACAAAUUCCCAAUCUCUUGUUCAACUGGUUGAACAUUUUCGUUCAAAUGGGAGGAAAUUUAACAACUCGCAUAGUAUGGAGUUUACUAUUUGAGGUCUUACUUUUCGUUGUAACUGUUGGCUUAGCAAUGAGUGACACCUCAAGCAUGCCAGGAGUCUUUUUCUGGGUUACAAUGAUGACCGUUGUCUUGUUGAAUAUGGCUGGAGGAAUUUACCAAAAUUCCGUUUACGGCAUGGCAGCAAAAUUGCCAAUUAAGUAUACGGGAGCUGUUGUCUUGGGAUCGAACAUCAGUGGAACAUUUGCUGCCAUCAUGUCCUUGAUAAGUAACACGUUUGCGGAAUCCGUUCGAACUGCGGCGAUUUAUUAUUUCAUAACGGCGAUGUUUGUUUUGUUGAUUUGCUUCGACACGUAUUUCGCAUUGCCUUUGAACAAAUUUUACAAAUAUCACGAGAUGUUGGCGGAAAAGGAACAACAAAGAAUCAAACGUGCCGGUUUCAAUACUGAUCGUCCGCCAUAUUGGAAAAUUUUCAAGGAUGCAUUUCCCCAACUUUUCAACGUAUUUUUGAUCUUUUUCGUUACGUUGACCGUUUUUCCAGCUGUUCAUUCGGAUAUCAAGCGAACCGACGAGAAUUUUAUCAUCCCAGGAGAUAUGUUUACGACUGUUACUUGCUUCUUGACUUUCAAUUUCUGCGCCAUGUUGGGAAGUUUGUUGACAUCAUGGGUUAAAUUUCCAAGUCCACGAUUUUUGGUAUGGCCCGUUGUUGCCCGUCUCGCCUUCAUCCCUCUCUUCCUCGUCUGCAACUAUUUACCGAAAGACGUGGAUCGCGUUCUGCCGAUUUACAUAACCAAUGACUACGUUUAUUGGGCGAUUGCGAUCGUCAUGAGUGUCAGUUCGGGCUAUUUGAGUUCCUUGGGCAUGAUGUACACGCCGUCGUACGUCGAAUCGCGAUAUGCACCGAUUGCGGGUAUGUAUGCAGCUGCAAGUCUUAUUACGGGCAUCUUCACGGGUAUUUUGUGCUCGAUGGGACUCCCAUGGCUCGUCGGGCAUUUGGGUUGGUGAGACCAACUUACGGAAGAAUACAACAAAAUAAGAGCGAUUUAUCGACUUUUAUUCUACAAAUAAAAAUUUUUUGGUAAGAUUUGGUUCCUGUAAAUAUAAAAAAUAUAUAAUUAUAUUUAAAACAACAACAACAACAAAAAAUUAAAAAAAAAAAUAAUAGCAAAGUCGUACUAAGAGCAAGAAAUAAUUUUUAAUGUUCGAAAAAUGACUGAUUUUUAUCAAAUUUAAUUAGAUUAAAACUUUCACACUUUUUUUCUGUCAAAUCUUUGAAAAUACAUGAGUUAUACGAGAAAAAAGAAAUCAUCUGAUCUUCAUUGAAUACCAAAAAAAAAAAAAAAUUAUUAAGAAUUUAGGUCCAAAUUUUCUUCCUACUAUAUUGUUAGUAUUUAAGUUUUAUGUUAGUGGUUUGAAUUUUUUACUAAAAAUUGUAAUUUUAUGUUCAAUAGAAAUAUUAAGCAAUAUUUUAAUGUUUAACUUUGUUAAAAAUUUUAUACAAAAAUUACUUUUUUUGCUACAAAACCGAGAUAAACACGUAAAAAGAUAAAAUUAA